UUCACCCCGCUCAGGCGCCAUGGAGCCGAGACCGCGGCGGCGGGGGGCCGAGACCCCCCGAGGGGUGGCUCUGACAGGCCACUUGCCUCCUGUGCAAACUGGAGAGAGGCCACCGUGCAUGGCUGGGGUCCACAGCGAUGUCCUCCUGCCUGAGGUGCCCACGGAGAAGCCCCUGUGCCGCAGGGAGACACCAGCAGCCGGGGCCAAGACGCCCCAGGAGAUGUCAGCCAUGGAACAGAUGCCCCAGGAGAUGCCAUCGGCCACGGCCGAGGUGCCUGCCGAGGCCCUGCCAGCCAUGCCCAGCACAGUGCCACCCACUGAGGCUGGGAAGGAUCCCUGCGGGGUUGAGCUGCCGCCCUGCCCUGGAAAGUGGGCAACCUGCCCCAGUGAGGUGCCUCCCAUGACAGUGCCAGCACUGCCCACCUCCCUGCAAAUGCCAGCGGAACAGCCCAGCCGGUUGGUGCCCCAGGGGAGCUGCUUGAUCCACAACCGGCAGGAAGAGAGAGCCAUGAACCACCCGGACCCUGUGCCGGGGCAGGAACCAGGCAGCGAGGGCUUCAUCCACCGACAUGGCCACCCUGGGCUGCUGGACCACCAGCUCCUCUCCUGGCCCAACAGCACCACCACGAAGGACACCUACCGCCCACCGCACAGGGUCCUACUGCUGGGGCGAGGGCAGCGGGAGGCCAUGCUGGAGUCCAUGCUCUACCAGAAAUACAGGCAAGCCCACACCCCUGUGUGCCACCCCUCCCCAAAGCUGUGUCCUGGAGGAGGGGACCCUGCUGCGAUUGCCUGCCCAGGGCAGGGGGGGUACUCCAGAGCGGAGGGGUGCAGGGUCUGCUCUGCUGGCAGGAAGGAGAUGCAGGAGGAGAUCUGUGUCCCCCGGAUGCCCAUGGAGUCUGUCUCUACCACACACCAGGACUACUGUGCUGGGGGCUACCAGUCCACACUGCUGCUCACCAGCCAGCCCCACAACUACUACACGGAGCAGCCCUGCAGCUUCUGGCUGGAGCAAGCCCACAGCCUGCCCGGCGUCACCAGCAUCCGCAGUGGGGACUGUCCGUUUCGAAGGAAUGCUGCCUUUUCCACUCCCAUCACCGAGUACCUGGAGCAGCCCCUGCCCUGUGCCCCCCUCAGCAGCCGGCUCUGCCCCCACAAGCAAUAAAAAGCAGCGGGGCCCAGGUGGUCCCAGUG